AUUUUUUUAAUAGGUGCAGCUUUAUAUUGUCACAUUUGCUACUCGGAAAAGUCCUGGGAAGACUGCAGCGCUGAAAACGAACAAAUUUAUUCCUGUCCACCCUUUAGUACAGUCUGCUACACCACUCACAGAGUGAGUAGUCAUAAUGGAUCGGAAAUUCAUCAUUAUCAAAAGGGUUGCGGUGAACUUGACUUUUGUAAUGGAGAAGAGUGCGUUCGUCAUGGUCAGUGGUGUAAAGUGAAUUGUUGUAAUACAAACGCUUGUAACAAGUCGACUUUUGUAACAGCAAACUACAUGAUGUGUCCGUUGAUUGGAUUGUUAACCGCUGUUCAUCUUUUUUGA